AAUGUUAUCAAUAUAAUUCAAUUACUAAUAACCACAAUGUUCUUAUGAAAAUGAAUGUUCUCUUUCCUACUUAUGCUCCAAGAUUUGACUAUUUUCGUAUGGGUAUUAAAAAUGAUAUUAUUUAUAUAGAAGCCACCAAUAUUGACUAUACAAAUUCUUUUAACACUAAUUACAAUAAACAAGAAGGCACUACAAUUAUCCCUGAUAUCAGUUCAGAUAUAGACCUGAUCGCUGAAGAAAUUGAAUCUAGCACUCCCCAGGCAGUAAUAAGACAAUGUAACUUAAUACCUAAACUUUCUAAUCACGAAGAUAAUAUCUGUUUAGUUACAAAAGAAGAACCAGUACCUAGUAUCAAACAUACUCAAAAUAAAAAAGGAAAAGAAACUUUUAAACCAAACAUCGAAGAAAACAUGAAAAAUGAGUGCAAUCUUGAAGAAGAAAAAAAACUUAGUGACGAAGAAGAAAGAGAAUCUAGUGAUGAAGAUAAAAGCUUAGAAGA